AUGUGGAUGCGUGAAAAUACACGGAAGUUAAUCAACGAAGAUGUGGACGUUCGAUUGUACUCCUGGUACCUGGAACAAAAGUCGCUUGGCACGACGAUCACGGACUCAAUACUUUGGGAAAAAGCGGUGCAGUUACAGAAGGAGCUCGGCGGCCCUACAGCAAGCAGAGGCUGGUUGACAAACUUCAAGGAGCGCCAUGGUGUUAGUCUUGGAAGCAUCGACGAAGCGGGAAAUACGAAUUUCUGUUCGGGAGUAUACAUCACGGAGGAGGUGUGUCUGAAGGAGGAAGUGGUGCUAGAGGAGGGGGAUCCACUAGUGGAUGACGACGUUUUCACGGAGGUAAAUCCAGAACAAUUUUUAAAAACCUUAACAGAUCGACUACGACUGGAGGGAAUAACGCCCAAGAAUAUUUACUACAUGAAAGACACCACGCUUGCGUGGAAGGCUUUCCCCGCGAAACUUCUGGAGCAAUGCAAGAGGCGUAAGAGUAAUGCCGCGAAAUUUAAAAAGGAUCGGGUAACCGUCAGCCUUUGCGUCAACGUGUCCGGUUGUCACAAGCUUGAAUCGUUGUUUAUUUACAGACUCGAAAAUCCGAAAGCGUUGAAGCACUGUAGGGAUCGAUUGCCCGUAUUGUUCAAAUGUCAAGAGGAAGCUCGUAUGGAUCAUACGAUAUUUCUAGACUGGUAUGAGAAUCAUUUUAAACCGACUGUAAAGAUACUUCAGUUUCCCGACAGUAGCGGAAAAAUCGUUCUACUAUUGGACGAUGAUCAGAGGGAUAGUUUACGGAUACCUAAUGAUUUCGGACAGAACGAUGAUAUUCACGUUAUAUUCUUUCCCGCGAGUGUUGCCUCGCUUCUGCAGCCUCUGGAACAAGAGGUAGCCGAGAAAACGAAAAGAUCCUACAGGCUUAAAAUGUUACAACGGGUGUUAAACUUUCCUGGCGGCGUACGGAAAUUCUACUUCGAUUAUGACCUAAAGGACUGUAUUGAUUUGUUCACCGAGGCGUGGAUGGAAGUCAAUGUCGCGAACAUUCAAGCCGCGUGGAACAAAAUCAUCAACAAUAUCCCUGAAGUAUGUCCGAUAAAGGAGGAGCCGGUUGAUCCUUUGGAGCCUAAUUUUCACGACAUCAUUGGCGUGAUUUGUGGAGAUCAAGAACCCGAGGAGAGUGUAAAUGAAUUUUUAUCCCGCUGCGAGGAAGUGGAGAAGAAUUUUAUGACACACGACGAAGAAACAGAUACGGAUGACGAAAACGAGGAGGAAGACGAAGAGGAUUAUGGUGUCGAGGGUGCGGUCGAAUUCUACAGUGAAAGUGAAGUGCCCACUGAACAAAUAAUGAGAAGGGCGUUCGAGACUUUGUUAAGAUGGUCUAAACUGCAGCCGCAAUUUAUUCAGUUACAAGUGGAAUAUCUGAAAAAUUAUUACGAAAGUACUAUUAGGAAUAAAUAA